UAUUAUCAGGGUUCAUAUUUCUUUCAAAAAUGACUUAUUUUUUUAAGUCAUUCAACAAUAACUCUAUCUAAGUAAUUUAUUGUAACUUAUACUAAAUAGUGAUAAUUAUAUUUUGGUGAUCGAUAUUAACUCUAUUCUAUUGAGUUAAUUGUCGAAAUGUUCUGAGCUUUAGGGUAAUGGCUUUUGAUAUUGGUCAUAAACAAUCCGGUCGUUCGGUGCGUAUUUUAUUAGUAGGUGAUCAAGAUGUUGGUAAAACAUCUAUUAUUUUAUCACUUGUAAAUGAAGAAUUUUUGGAUGAUGUACCAGAACGCGCAGAAACAAUUACUAUUCCUGCAGAAGUUACUCCUGAACUAGUACCCACAGAUAUAAUUGAUUACAAUGAAAAUGAACAAGAUAAUGAAGAUUUAGCAGAACAAGUACGUCAUGCUGAUGUUAUUUGUUUAGUUUUUUCAGUAGUAGAUGACCUAAGUAGACAAAAUAUAAAAAGUAAAUGGAUGCCUUUGUUAAGAGAAUGGCAAAUUGGAGCAGACAUAUAUCAUCCUGUUAUAUUGGUUGGUAACAAAAGCGAUCUCAUUAACAACAUUUCUAUGCAUAUUAUUGAAGAUGUUUUGUAUGAAUACCCUGAAAUAGAAACUUAUGUUCAGUGCUCUGCAAAAAUGUUGAUGAAUAUAAGUGAAAUGUUUUGUUAUGCACAAACAGCUAUUUUACAUCCUACUGCACCACUUUAUUGUGUUGAAGACAAAGUUCUUACAGAAAAAUGUAAGAAAGCUCUUUGUCGUAUAUUUAAGAUAUGCGAUAUAGAUAAUGAUGGUUUACUUAAUGAUGAAGAACUAAAUAAUUUUCAACGUCACUGUUUUGAUUGUCAUUUACCUAUCCAGCAGUUAAAUGGUAUCAAAACUAUAAUAAAUAUGAACUGUGAACGUGGAAUUUCUCCUUCAAAUUGCGUAACCUUGGAAGGGUUUCUGUUCCUACAUAUGUUAUUUAUUCUUAAAGGAAAAGCUCAAACUACUUGGACAGUAAUUAGGAAAUUUGGUUAUAAUGAUAACCUGGAUUUUCUUUAUAGUUAUUUGCACCCAAUGAUGAAAGUUGAUAAAUAUUGUACAGUUGAAUUAUCACACAAAGGUGAAGAUUUUUUAUAUCAUUUAUUUGAAACACAUGACAAAGAUAAAGAUGAUUGUUUGAGCCCUGUUGAAUUGAAAUCAUUGUUUUCCAUGUGUAAUGAUGAACCUGAACUAUUGAGAAAAUGUCUUUACAAUACUAAUCAUAAAGGUUGGAUUACAUCUCAAGGGUGGCUAUCAUUUUGGUCAUAUUGUACUUUGAUUGAGACUGAUACUACUUUAGCAUACUUGGCAAUGUUAGGGUAUAAUAUGAGACCUGAAAAUCAACUUUCUGGAAUACAAGUUACAAGAAGCAAGAAAAUUGAUUUACAAAAGAAACAAUCUCAAAGAUCUGUUUAUGUUUGUCAUGUUAUUGGAAGUAAAAGUAGUGGAAAAUCAAUAAUCUGCAAACAUCAUGUGAAAUGUUCUGAUAAUAGUUUCAAUGAAAAUGGAAAAUUUCAAGACUUAGUAUCAGUUAAUAAAGUUCUAGUAUAUGGGCAUGAUAAAUAUUUGGUAAUAAAAGAAAUUAAUCCUUUAUCAGAAAGCCAUUUGACCAAAGAAGAAAUUAAAUGUGAUGUUGCAUGUUUGGUUUUCGACUCAUCACAAAGUUGUUCUUUUGAGUAUGUUGCUCAUGUAUACUUGAAAUACUACAAAAAUAGAGAUAUCCCUGUACUUAUAGUUUCUAAUGACAAGGGAAGGCCAUUAGUGAAACAAGACUAUAUUUUACAGCCAGAGCAAUUUUGUAAACAGAACAAACUAUCUGCUCCUUUCAUGUUUACCAAUUCUAAUGAAAAUCGAAAAUUGUUCUCAUGUUUAGCCACUAUGGCGUCUCUACCACAUAAAUACAAUCCACAUCACAGAGGACUUAUACCAAAUUUACGAAAUUCAGUAGUAUUGAUAUGGAAGACAGGCAUAGGAAUAGCAAUGAUUGCAUUAUGUGGUAUUGUAAUUAGUAAAUGUUUGGUCAAAUCUAAGAAAGAUUUUCUUAAUUAAUAACAAACAAAAAAUAAAGAUGAUCUUUCAUUCUUGUUGUUGUUUUAGAAAUAUUUUAUUCCAAGCUUAGUUUUCUCUUUUAUUAUUUUUGUUAUUAUUAUCUUUUUAUUUUUAUUACAUUAUUGUAAAACCAUAUUUGUUCCAAAUUGAUUAUAGAUAAAAAAAAUGUAUGUUUUAAUAAAAUUUAAGAUAUUAUAAAUUGACUAGAACAAAAUUUUAGAUUGUUAUAAAAUUCAAUCAGAUUAAUAUGUGUGCAUCAUGUUAUAAAAGAAUUUAAAUUAUAAAUCUAUAAACUUUGUAAUAGUAUUUCAUUUUUUAUGAAACAGUAAUUGUUUAAGUAUAUUACUUUAUUGAUUGGCAUUUAAAAAAUUGAAUAAAUACUCUAGAUGAUAGCUGUA